AUUUCAGCUCUAGACAAAAAAACCCUUCCGAGGUAUCUAGGUAUAGUACCUUAGGUAGGUACCUACGGUGGUGUCUUAGGUACUGCUGUGCUUUUCAGGACCCGCUUCCAGGUUCAAAAGAGGUCAGCCUCAACUCUCAAAAAACCGCCAGAUGACUCAAACUUACCACCUCAUCACCUCGAAAACCGCGUCUCGAGAGAGAUUAUCACCACUUUUCCAUCCACAUAUCGACAUGGGAUCUUUAUUAUCCAAGAAUUCAGAAGCUCAAAAACGUGCAGAAACCCUUGUUAGACAGUCAACAAAACCUAGACUGCAAGCAAAUCCCAUAGUUAACGGAGCAACCGUUCAGCAUGGGUUUCCAAAGCCUUAUAGAGAUGUAUCCAAAAGCAAGAGAUGAUCGUCUCUCAUUUCCGCUAGAUCAGCCAGACCUACCCUUGGUAUCCGACCAAGAGCUUGCACGUCUGUUUUCCACUGCACCAAAACUUCACGAGUAUGGCGGCGUUGACGUUGUGCGACUUUCCAAGUCACUUGUCAUCAAGGGCGGAGAAGACGUUGCUCUGGUCGAGUCUCAGAAUAUGAUCUUUGCUGCAGAGUCAUUGCAUCUGCCAGUCCCUAAAGUCCACCGCACCUUCGCAGCUGAUAUCCCCGGAAUCUCGGAUGGGCUGCCUGUGAAAGGUCAUUUCAUCGUGAUGGACUAUGUGCCAGGACCGACAGUUGAGGAGUGUUGGGACUUUCUAGAUGUGAGCCAGCGGCAGUUAGUGGCCAGUCAAGUUGCCGCCAUGAUCGAGACAAUGCAGUCAACACCCCUCAAACUACCGCCAGGACCAAUGGGAGGGGCGGAAGGCCAGAAAUUCGAGGGUCCUUGGUUCACAGAUUACGGCGCCGGCCCCUUCGCGACGUUGCAAGACCUAGAGGAUUGGUGCAACCAUAAGAUCGACGUCUGCAUACGAUUUAAACAACUACACCGGCGUGCCCCGAGGUUUAGAUUCCAGAGGGUGGUGCUUACACAUCAGGACAUCGCGCCACGAAAUCUCAUCCUCGAUGCGCAAGGGAAGGUGUGGAUUAUUGACUGGGGCGUGGCAGGAGUCUACCCUCCUGGGUUUGAGCAGGCCACCCUCCAAGCGCAGUCGUCGUGGAAUGGGGAAUUUGCAGAGAUGGUGCUUGCGAGGCUGUCGGAUCGGCAGGAACGUGUGCAGAUCCUAGCCAUCCUGCACGCCACGGACAUGGGGGCCGCACGCAACGUGGAGGGGAGGGGUGAUCCUUCCGAGACUGAGAACCCCAGCAUAAGUCACCUCAAUGUCCUCGUGGCACCCGAAGCAACCUUCCGCGCCGAGUGGUCUAGCAAUAUCGACUGCGUGGUGCUAGCUGAGGUGCAGGAGGUGCUGCUGACCUUAAGGGACGGUUAUCGGCCAAGAUUUAGGGAGAUCGGGGCUUACAGAUAA